GGGGGCUGGGCUGGGCCGGGCCGCUCCGUGAGGCGAGGCGAGCGGCGUCGCGGGAAGUGGCGCGGCGCAGAGGAAAUCCCGCCCGCGGCCGGCCUGCGCUGCUGCGCUGCGUGUGGAGCCGAGGCGGCGGCGGCGGGGCCUGGCGAGGCCGGCGGAGCCUGCGGAAGAGCCAUGUCGGACCAGGAAGCCAAACCUUCAACAGAGGACUUGGGAGAUAAGAAAGAAGGAGAAUACAUUAAACUCAAAGUCAUUGGACAGGACAGCAGCGAAAUCCACUUCAAGGUGAAAAUGACAACGCAUCUAAAAAAACUUAAAGAAUCAUACUGUCAGAGACAGGGAGUUCCAAUGAAUUCACUCAGGUUCCUCUUUGAGGGUCAGAGAAUUACUGAUAAUCAUACUCCAAAAGAGCUUGGGAUGGAAGAAGAAGACGUGAUUGAGGUUUAUCAGGAACAGACAGGCGGCCAUUCGACAAUUUAGGCUGUUUGCUCCUCCCCUUUUUUCCUUUGAUCCUUUUUUAUUUUUAAAUAAUAGUUCUUUUGUAAUGUGGUAUAUAACACUGAAUUGACAUUUACACCCCGCGUCCCUAAUUGGGGUUUUAUUUUCAAAUGUAUGUUCUGAGUUCUUGUGCUCACUCUGCGUUAUCAUUUGUUUUCAUAGUGCCGAACUCUUGUGAUCCCGUCGCGGUUCUCCUUCCCUAUUUUCCCCGUUUCCUUUUUAGAACUCCACCUGCCCACACAUGCAUUCGUGUGUUCAGAAGGCUCAUGUAUUUUCAAGCACAUUAACAGAUCUGCCCAAUGGGCAGAGGAUCCUAACAACUUCCAUAUUCACCCCGAAGUUUUGAUGUGACUUUUAUGUGUGGAUUUUAAGUUACAAAGAAGAUGGAAGUUCUUCUGAAAUCUACACAAUAGGAGGAAUGAGUCCUUACAUUCAGAACUGUUUUCUGUAGAUUUUGUUGAUAGCCUAGAACAGAGAAGUACCCAAAUUUGAUGGGAAAAUGUAGGGUCUCCCCCCUCUGGUAAUAGAAAUUCAAGAUGCUUUCCUGGAAGAUAAAAGUGGAAAAGUCUGCUGAUUUUUCAUCAACAGAAGAGCCUAUGAAAGGAUGAAUUUAUAGUAGUUGAUAUGUAACUUUUAUGCAUCAAGAAUUGGUAAUUAUUUGUAUGUUACAACUUUUGGCCUGGGAUAUAGGACACUUUCUGUACUGGCUUCCCAUAAAUAAACAAAACAAAUACGUAAACAUCUGCACUUUCUUUUGAGAUAGCUAAAGUUGAGAAGUUGUUUGACGAAUCAAGUGGGAAAGAAUAUUAAGGAGGGCUGGUUUCGCAACUGACCAGAGCUAUUUAAUGAGUUUUGAUUAAUCGUGCAAACUAGCACCUACCUUGCUGCUCACUCUGAAAUUUUAAAUAACUAUCCAAGUUCUCUGUUGUAUUUUGUACAUGCAAUGUGUGCCUCCUAAAUUCUGAAACUUCGUGUUAGCGUAAUGUUGAAAAAUAAAGUAAGUUGUAAGUAGUGGAAAAACCAA